UAUACAUUUAGCAUCUUCUUCUUCUUCGACCAAUAAUCAAUGCCGGCGCCGAGCAACUUCCUCAAGUCCAUGGCCGCCGCCGCCGCCGCGAAGCACGGAGGAGGAGGAGGGGGAGGGGGAGGAGAGCACCACCCGGCCGCCACGGCGGCGAGGAAGCAGCAGCAGCACGCCGUGGGCUUCCCGAGUCUGUCCACGUCCAGCAAGGCGCUCGUCCUGCUCCCGCUCCUGCUCCUCGCCUUCAUCUACCUCUUCGUGUACCCCAAGGAGUUCGAGCUGCAGUCGCUGAUGAGCUCCUGCGUCCCGCCGCCGGGCACCUACACCGCCGCCGGCAACCUGUCGUCCACGUCCGCCAUCGCGUACGCCCGGAAGAAGCCGGACUUCCGGCUCCUCAUCGGCAUCCUGACGCGCGCCGACGUGUACGAGCGGCGCCACCUGCUGCGCAUGGUGUACGGGCUGCAGCUCGCCGCCGACCCCGCCCUCGCCGCGCAGGUGGACGUGCGGUUCGUCUUCUGCCGGCUCUACAAGGACGACCAGCGCGUGCUGAUCCCGCUGGAGAUCCUGGCGCACGGGGACGUGAUCGUGCUGGACGGGUGCGAGGAGAACCUCAACGGCGGCAAGACGCACACCUUCUUCUCCGCCGUGGCGGAGCUCUACGCCGACGCGCCCUACGACUACGUGAUGAAGGCGGACGACGACAUCCUGAUCCGGCUGCCGGCGCUGGUGACGUCGCUGGGGGCGAUGCCGCGGGAGGACAUGUACUACGGCGCCACCAUCCCGUGCAACAGCAUGGACCCCGGGAGGGGGUACAUGUCCGGGAUGGGGUACGCGCUGUCGUGGGACCUGGUGCAGUGGGUGGCCGGCGCCGGCGAGGUCACCCGGGGGCGCACGGUCGGGCCGGAGGACAGGAUGACCGGGGAGUGGCUGAGGGUGGGCGGGAAGGGGCGCAACAGGUUCAACGCCAAGCCGGCCAUGUACGACUACCCGCUGCCGGUGCCCGUGGACCAGUGCUCCCACGAGUUCGUGCCCGACACCAUCGCCGUGCACCGCCUCAAGGACAACCCGCGCUGGGCGCACGCCCUCGGAUACUUCAACUUCACCGCCGGGCUCAAGCCCUCCAAGUUCUACAAGUUCGACCCCUAGUUGUUUCGCCGUUAUUUUUGGUUCAGUUUUUUACAUUUAAAAAAAGAGUUGCUACCUGUACCUAUAUAUCAUCAUUGAUUUUGGAGAAGCUUGUAUGAACAAUUAAACUGAGCAUACCAAAGAUAACCAAGAAGUUACACAGACUGAGGGUAUGUUCUACUAGUACAGAACUAGUUUUGUUCUCAACGGGCAUUACCCAUAUGUUCAGCGUGUACAUACAAAGUUCUAACAAGAGAGACUUAUCUCCAAAUAAAAUGCAUGCAAUUAAUUCUGAUUAGCGGACAAGCUGAAAACUGUGUUUCAACGAAGCUUUAAGAAAAGCUAGAGUGAUUUCACUGGGUUUACCAGAUUACAGUGACAUACAUGAACCGAAACACCACCGUGCUGCUUACAACCAUCACGGGCACACAGAAAGGAUGUGAAAACCAAAGCACUACUGCUACGGCAUGGAUGCGAACAUGCACAGAAACAAAUGGAAGCCUGCUUGCUCAAUUGUACACCAUGUAUUUUGGGGUUGCGCUGAAUUUCUGG